AUGGACGAGGCGCUCGGCAUGCGCGCGGGCCCGCUACCCCGCGGCGUCCACGCGCUCGUCGAGGACGAGAUCGCCGCGGGCGGCGGCUUCGUCCUCGCGCACCUGCUCGCGCGCGCGCUCGGGCGUCGCGACGACGACGACGACGACGACGGGGGCGUCGAGGAGGGCGGCGGCGGGCAGCGUCGCGCGUCGCCGCGCGUCUGCCUCGUGUGCGCGGAGCAGGACUUCGCGCAUCACGCGCGGGUGAUGGGCAAGCUAGGACGCAACCUCCGCGCGGACGUCUCGAGCGGGGCGCUGGCGGUCGUCGACGCGCUCACGACGCCCUUCGCGUGGUGCGCCAACCCCGGGGCGUCGGGCCUGAGUCGGGGGAAGAUGGGUGGAGUCGAGGCGCACACGCGACGCGCGGACGCGAGCGGGCUCGACGGCGCGCGGGACCUGUUCCGCGCCAUCGCACGCGCGCUGGGCGACGACGACGACGACGGCGACGCGGUGGUUGUGUUCGAUUCCCUCAACGCGCUCGCGGAUGGCGAACCCACCGCCGCGGACGCCGACCGCGCGGUGCCGUCGCUCCUCGCGUCCGUCUCGUCCCUCCGUCGCGGACGCACCGCGAUCGUGGCGCUCGCGCACAGGGACGCGUGCGCCUGGGACGGGCGCGGGUGGCUCGACGCCGCGCGUCGCCGCGCGGACGUCGUCGUGAGCUGUCGCGCGCUCACCACGGGGCACGCGGCGGACGUCCACGGACACGUGUCCGCGGAGCAUCGCACGGGGCGCAUGAUUAAAACGACGACGAACGGCGCGGCGGCGCCGAGGCGGGUGGACGCGAGGUUCCGGCUCACGGAGCUCGGCCCGAAGGUGUCCCGCGUGCACGUGUGA